GGGAUAAGAGAUUAAAAGACUCAUUUUUUCCUAGACCUGGAUACAAGGCACUGUGCUGGACGACAGACAAAAAACCCUCUCAAGCCAUUGCGAAUUCUUCAAUCGGCAGUCUCGACAGUCCUGUAUAUGCAUGCUGUACAGUCAACCUCCUUCGGCGUACGUAAUCUGCACUCAAUAGAGGUGAAUGCAUGUACCUGACCGUCCUGUGUAACCGCACCCUGACCCUCUCUAGCAUAUAUCGACUUGGACACUCCUUCUUCACUCCCUGGCAGAGACCGGCACCGUCACUUCGCUUCCUCAGGCCCUUCCAUAUCACUCCCACGUUUGCCCACAAGAUGGCAGCCGAAAUAGAAGCAGCCAAGAAAGCUGCGGCAAUAGAAGCAGUGCGAAAUCACUUCCCCGAGAACCCGCGCUUCGUGGGAAUCGGCUCAGGGACGACGAUAGUCUACGUGGUGGAAGCCAUCAAAAACUGCGGAGCGGACGUCUCAAGAAUAGGCUUUGUACCGACGGGCUACCAGUCCAAGCAGCUCAUCAUAAAUGCUGGCCUUGUGCCAAUCGAGUUUGACGCUCUCCCAGACAGUGCCAUGAUAGAUAUCGCAUUCGACGGCGCAGAUGAGGUGGACGAAGAACUAAACUGCAUCAAAGGAGGUGGCGCCUGUUUGUAUCAGGAGAAGCUUGUCGCCAUGCGUUCAAAGCAAUUUGUUUGCGUCGCUGACUACAGAAAACUCCAGCCUCGCCUGAUGACAAAAUGGCCCACCAUCCCCAUCGAGGUGGAACCUAAGGCUGCUAGACAGGUCAUUCAGCGGCUGAAAACGCUGGGAAGUCGCAGUGCCACCGGCGCCGGCCCCCUGAUUCGAGAAGGCCACAUGGCUAAAGCCGGACCCAUCAAGACCGAUCAGGAUUUCUUCAUCGUCGAUGCGCCCUUCCCUCAUCCUCUUCUAAUAUCUUCCGAUGUGACCUCGGAGAAGUUAGGUAAUGGUGAGCAUGGCUACUGGGAAGUCGAGCAGCUCGCUCGUGCCAUCAAAGAGAUCAAUGGUGUCCUCGCUGUAGGCCUUUUCUGUGGUCCGACCGGCCCAGAAGCCUUAGCAGCUCAGGUGAUAGGAGGACAGAGACCGAUUGCAUGCUACUUCGGCAUGGCGGAUGGCACUGUUGCUUUGCGGAGAGCCAGAGAAAAGCGGCCUUCGAUCGUGGCCCAGUAUCCACCUUUGAUACCUGUUCGCUCGUGCGAGGAUUAGGGAUAGACUCGAUAGCCCACUUGGCAUCCUGAAAGAGCCCGGGUAGAUUUUCGCACCAAGUAAAAAUAGACCGAGUCCGCAAUCA